GAAGAAAAACCUCGGGAGAAAAUCUUUGAAAAAUAUUUGAUUUUAUUUGAACAACUCGUCCAAAUGACUGUUUGAUUACAUCUUGAACAGUUCUGUGGUAUGGUGAUAGUAAAAGUUACCAGAUAAAUCAAGGGGAGCCUUCUAAAACGAAUAGUUAAAAUGACCAGUGCAAAUCGCUUCACUUCGCCCACGCCUUCGACCGCUGGGUUGGUGGGCCCCAGCAGCAGCAGUUCGCUGGCUUCCGGAUCAACACCGGGGCCCUCGCCAAGUGCGGCUAACAAGUGGAAACGGAUGCUGGAAUGCGACGAGUUUGUAGGGGCCCGGCGAUCCAAGCAUACGGUGGUGGCAUAUAAGGAUGCGAUUUACGUCUUUGGGGGGGACAAUGGAAAGAAUAUGCUGAACGAUCUGAUCCGGUUCGGUGUGAAGGACAAAUCUUGGGGUAGAGCGUUUUCGACGGGAACUCCACCGGCUCCAAGGUAUCAUCAUUCGGCGGUCGUCCACGGGACGUCAAUGUUUGUGUUUGGCGGCUACACGGGGGAUAUUCAUUCGAAUUCGAAUUUGACAAACAAGAACGAUCUGUUUGAGUACAACUUCCAGAAUGGCCAGUGGACGGAAUGGAAGUUUGUUGGCAGGACGCCGGUGCCGAGAAGUGCCCACGGGGCGGCAGUUUUCGAUAAUAAACUGUGGAUCUACGCUGGGUACGAUGGCAAUGCUCGGUUGAACGAUAUGUGGACGAUUCGAUUGACGGGAGAAACGCAUCAGUGGGAAGAGGUGCAGCAGAAGGGAGAUCGUCCGCCGACAUGCUGUAAUUUUCCGGUGGCCGUGGCUCGAGGCUGCAUGUAUGUGUUUUCCGGACAGAGUGGACUGCAGAUUACAAAUACGCUGUUUCAGUUCAAUUUUAAAGAUAAGACAUGGCGUCGAAUCUCCAACGAGCAUAUCUUGAGGGGUGCUCCACCGCCGCCAGCACGGCGCUACGGUCACACCAUGGUGCAUCACGACCGGUUCCUGUAUGUUUUCGGAGGAGCGGCUGAUUCUACUCUUCCGAACGAUUUACACUGCUACGAUCUGGAUUCGCAAGUUUGGUCGACGGUCAUUCCAGCACCGGAAUCUCAAGUCCCCAGUGGUCGACUGUUCCACGCGGCGGCGGUCAUCGGGGAUGCCAUGUACAUCUUCGGCGGGACAAUUGAUAACAACGUUCGCAGUGGGGACAUGUACCGGUUCCAGUUUUCCAGCUAUCCCAAGUGUACGCUGCAGGAUGAUUUUGGAAAGUUUCUGCAAAAUCGGCAAUUCUGCGAUGUACAGUUUGUGGUCGGGACGGACGAGGUCAAAGUGCCGGCUCACAUUGCGAUGAUCGUUGCGCGGUCACAGUUUCUAAGAUCCAAAAUUUUAGCGGCUCGCGAUGCUAGAAAUCUGCAUUUUGAAAAGCUUUUUGGAACUACGGAAGUUCCUUUUGCCGAGCGUCCCAUACUGGAGGUGCAACUGCCGAACGCCCAACCAGAAGCUUUCGAAAUGGUUCUCAAUUACAUAUAUACGGAUAGAAUUGAUUUCAAGGAUCCUUUUUGCAACAAAAUUGUUAGCCUCAUGAUGGACGUCUACCAACUAGCCGUCCAGUUCUACAUUCCCCGAUUGGAGCAACUCUGCGUCCAAUAUCUCGAGUUCAAAAUAUCCAAAACCAACGUCCUGGAUGCUCUCUACAACGCUGACCGAAUGGGCCUCACCCUCAUCAAAGAUCACUGCUUGGGCUUCAUCACCAAAGAGGACCACUUCUACGAUAUCGUCAUGUCACCGGAAUUCGCCGCACUGGAGAAGCCACUAAUCGUGGAAAUCAUCCGCAAGCGACUGAAUCCGAGCAAACAUUCCACCGAAAUGAAGUACGAUAAAACAAUUGGCACUUCAUUAGAAAAUGACAUGGCCCUGUUCCUAAAAUCGGGAGGGAAAGAAUUUUGCGACAUCAACUUGGUCCUGGAAGGGACGAUAAUUCCGGCACACAAAUCUAUUCUGGCUGCCAGGUGCACCUACUUCCAGGCCAUGUUCCGAUCGUUUAUGCCGGUUGAUAACACCGUGAAUAUCCAAAUCGGUGACAUCUCGCCCUCCCAGGAAGCGUUCAACUCGCUUCUACGCUACAUCUACUACGGUGACACGAAGAUGCCCCCCGAAGAUUCGCUCUAUCUUUUUCAGGCCCCCUGUUUCUACGGAUUCACCAACAACCGACUGCAGGCCUUCUGCAAGCACAACCUAGAGAACAACAUCACCUACGACAAUGUGCUACAAAUCCUGGAAGCGUCCGACAAAAUGAACGUGCCGGACAUCAAGAACUACGCCCUCCGCAUGGUGGUGCACAAUUUCUCCCAGGUGGCACGGCUGCCGAAAAUGCAAGAAUUGACCCGGGAGCUGCUGCUCGAUGUGAUUAUGGCCGUGGCCGAUACCAAGGGGGACACCAAACGAAUCAGCCACGAUUCGACCUUCAUCAGCCUGUACAGCGACAUUUGAAGGAUAGCGUUUCUACAGCCGGUUCUCAGUAUCCUCCUGGCGUGGAUGCGGAACAAUAACGAGCUGCCCUAAGAACAGUAUUGCCCGUACCGGUGGCCAAAUUCUCAAUUGGAUCUUGAAACAGGUCAAGCUAUUCUCAGCAUUAUCAAUAGCGAUGUUCUUGAUGUGAUUGGCUUACACAAUGAAUACUAAUUUGAAUCAACACUCUCAAUUAUAAUAGUUCAAAAAGAUGUUUUCGUCUAUAAGCAUAAUCAAGGUUCUAACUGAUAUGAAAAGUUUAAGAUAAACAAUUAUCCAAGUUAAAAUUAUUAGAAUCCGAAUAAAUUAUAUUAGUGUUAUACACUUUACUAGCUUUUAUCGUGUAACUUGUAGAACGUGUGAAAUAGUGAAAUAAAUGAGAAUACUAGCAAA